AUGGCCCAGGUGAGCAGAGUGCACAGUCUUGCUCAAAGCACUCAACUUUUCGGUCAUUCUUCCAAUCCCGACAAACCCAAAUCGGUGAAUUCAGUUUCGUUGAGGCCACGCCUUUUGGGGUCCUCAAAAUCUUGGAGUCUUAUUCGUAAAAAUGGAAGCUUUGUGGAAAAUUAUAAUGUGGGUAUGAGAAAUUCCUGCGUGUUUAAGGUUUCUGCCUCUGUCGCCGCCACGGAGAAGCCGUCGACGGCGCCGGAGAUUGUGUUGGAACCCAUCAAGGAAAUCUCGGGUGCCAUCACAUUGCCAGGGUCUAAGUCUCUGUCCAAUCGAAUUCUGCUUCUGGCUGCUCUAUCUGAGGGAACAACUGUUGUAGACAACUUGUUAUACAGCGAGGAUAUUCAUUACAUGCUUGGUGCAUUAAGGACCCUCGGACUACGUGUGGAAGAUGACAAAACAACUAAGCAAGCAAUUGUGGAAGGCUGUGGGGGAUUGUUUCCCACUGCUGGAGAAUCUAAAGAUAAAAUCAAUUUAUUCCUUGGUAAUGCUGGUACUGCAAUGCGUCCUUUGACAGCAGCUGUUGUUGCAGCUGGUGGAAAUGCAAGCUAUGUACUUGAUGGAGUGCCUAGAAUGAGAGAGAGGCCAAUCGGUGAUUUGGUUGCUGGUCUGAAGCAGCUUGGUGCAGAUGUUGAUUGCGUCCUUGGCACAAACUGUCCGCCUGUUCAUGUGAAUGGGAAGGGGGGACUUCCCGGUGGUAAGGUGAAACUGUCUGGAUCAGUUAGCAGUCAAUACUUGACUGCUUUGCUUAUGGCAGCUCCUUUAGCUCUUGGGAACGUGGAAAUUGAGAUUGUUGAUAAACUGAUUUCUGUUCCAUAUGUUGAUAUGACUCUUAAGUUGAUGGAGCGCUUUGGAGUUUAUGUGGAACACAGUGGUAAUUGGGACAAGUUCUUGGUCCAUGGAGGUCAAAAGUACAAGUCUCCGGGCAAUGCUUUUGUUGAAGGUGAUGCUUCAAGUGCCAGUUACUUCCUAGCUGGUGCAGCAAUCACUGGGGGGACUAUGACUGUUGAGGGCUGUGGCACAAGCAGUUUACAGGGAGAUGUAAAAUUUGCUGAAGUUCUUGAAAAGAUGGGAGCUCAAGUUACAUGGACAGAGAACAGUGUCACUGUUACUGGACCACCACGAGAUUCUUCUGGUCGAAAAGUCUUGCAAGGCAUUGAUGUCAAUAUGAACAAGAUGCCAGAUGUUGCCAUGACACUUGCUGUCGUUGCACUAUUUGCUAAUGGUCCCACGGCUAUAAGAGAUGUGGCGAGUUGGCGAGUUAAAGAGACAGAGAGAAUGAUAGCAAUAUGCACUGAACUCAGAAAGCUAGGAGCAACGGUUGAAGAAGGUCCUGAUUACUGUGUGAUUACUCCUCCCGAGAAAUUGAAUGUAACAUCUAUAGACACAUAUGAUGACCAUAGAAUGGCAAUGGCAUUCUCUCUUGCUGCUUGUGGUGACGUUCCAGUAACCAUCAAGGAUCCUGGUUGCACCAGGAAGACAUUUCCUGACUAUUUUGAAGUCCUUGAGAGGUUCACUAAGCACUAG